UUGCAUCCGAUACGUAAAGAUCUAAUGUUGCCAAAUGCAAGUCAACCGUUGCACUAGUAUAUAUCAGGCAUUGAUGUUUAGAGUUUUCACUUGAGCAGCAUUGAGGCCCCAAAUUAUUCUGCUUCAAAUACGUUCUCAGUAAAAUAUUUUCUGGCCAAAAUCUUCCAAAUGGCAAGUGACCAUGAAGCAUGUUUCUCAAAUUCUUCUUCUAACUCCAAUUCGGCCCAGAAUUGGAAGUAUGACGUUUUUUUAAGUUUCAGAGGUGAAGAUACUCGUAAAACCUUUACAGACCACUUGUACACUGGGCUAUGUAGGCGAGGAUUUAAAGUUUUUAGACGUGACGAAGAACUCGAGAGGAGAGAAAUUAUCUCGGAGAAACUCCUAAAAACCAUUGAGCAAUCUCGCUUUGCAAUUGUUAUUGUGUCCCAAAAUUACGCCUCUUCUUCAUGGUGCUUAGAUGAGCUCCAACAUAUUAUCUUUACCUCCAGGUCAAAUGAACUGCAUCUACGAGUUUUUCCCAUCUUUCAUUAUGUAGAUCCAUCUCAUGUAAGAAAGUUAGAAGGAAGUUUCGGUGAAGGUUUUGAUGGCCUCAAAGAAAGGUUCGAAAAUGACAAGGUCGAAAAAUGGGGAGUUUCUCUAAAACAACUUGCUGCUAUAUCUGGUUGGGAUUCCAAGGAGUGGAGGUACGAAUCAGAACUUAUUGACGAAGUGGCUAAAAAGAUGUGGAACCAAGUUUAUGGUAAGUGGCCACCAACCAUCAGUGAUAAAUUAAUUGGCAUUGACCGGAGAAUUCAUGAAAUAGAAUUUCACUUGAUGAAGAAGCUUGAUGAUGUUAAGUUCAUGGGAAUAUGUGGCAAGGACGGAGUUGGCAAGACAACUCUUGCAGAAGCUAUCUAUAAGAGCUUCUGCAGCCAAUUUGAUUUUCAUUGUUUUCUCACCAAUGUCAGGGGUGAUUCGGAAAGAUAUGGUCUGUUUAGCUUGCAAAAAAAACUGCUUUCACAUCUCCGGAAAGAAAACAUUGAAAUUGAGGACACGUUUAAAGUAAAGAAGAUGUUACAAAACCAUUUGCUCAAUAAGAAAGUUAUGCUUAUCCUUGAUGAUGUAACUUCUAGGGAACAAUUAAUGAGCUUAGCUAGGCUAGAGUGGUUUGGUGUUGGGAGCAGAGUUAUUAUAACUACAAGAGACGUCUACUUACUUAGAUCACAUCACGUGGACUCAAUAUAUGAGGUUAAACCAAUGAACGAGGAUGAAUCUCUUCAACUCUUUAGUCAAAAAGCAUUUGGAAGAGAUCACCCCGAAGAAGCUUUUUUGGAGAUAUCUAAAUUAGUCAUAAAUUAUGCAGAAGGCCUUCCUUUGGCUCUUCAUGAUUUGGGUUCCCUCUUUUGUGGAAGAAGUGUACAUCAUUGGGAAAAGGCUCUGGGUAUGUUGAAGAAAGAUUCAGAUAAUCAAAUCUUUGAGAUACUGAAAAUAAGUUAUGCUACAUUAAAAUUUGAUGAGAAGGCAAUAUUUUUAGAUAUUGCAUGUUUUUUUAAUAUGUGGAAAAUAGAUGAGGUAACUCAAAUAUUGGAAAGUUGUGGUUUUCACGCAACAAGUGGUAUCCGUAGUCUCAUCGAAAAAUCUUUGCUAGUUGAAGUUGAGAUUGGCAAUAGCAAGUAUAUAAAGAUGCAUAAUUUGAUUCAAGAUAUGGGUAGGAGUAUUGUUUUGAAGGAAGCUCCUAAUCAUGUUGAAAUGCGCAGCAGAUUGUGGUUGGCCGAGGAAAUUGAUGGAGUACUAGAAAAUAAUAUGGGAACUGAUGCAACGGAAGGUGUGACUUGGUCUAAUAAUAGACCCGACAGAAUUCAGAAAAAGUGGAUUCCUAAUGCCUUUUCAAAAAUGAGGAGCCUCCGAUUACUGAUCAUAUCAUGUAACGUUGACCUUCCCCUAGGUCUCAAAGACUUGCCUUGCAAAUUAAAAGUUCUCCAGUGGUAUGGAUAUCCUCUGCCAACCCUUCCGAGGGGCAUACAACUGGAUCAACUCAUAUAUUUCAAAAUGCAAAAUAGUGAAAUAAAGCAACUGGGGCCUGGUUGCAGUAUGGAUAAUCUAAAGUUUUUGGACUUGAGCCAUUCCAAACACCUCAUUGAAACUCCAGAUUUUUCAAAAUUUCAAAAACUAGAAAGAUUAGUUCUUGAAGGAUGCAAGAAACUUUUUCUCAUUCAUCCUUCCCUUGGCCAGCUCAAAAGCCUUGUUGAAGUAAAUUUUAAGGAUUGCGAAAAUCUUGAAACCCUUCCAGGGGAAUUGGAAAUGGCAUCUCUGGAAGUGUUUGUUCUUUGUGGCUGCACUAAAGUUAAAGAACUUCCAAAUUUUGGGGAAUGUAUGAAAAAUCUCACAGUACUCGAUGUUAAGAAGACAGGUGUAGCCAAACUUCCUGAGUCAGUUGGAUCCCUAAUUAAUCUGCAAACUUUGGAUUUAAGAGGUUGCCAAAAUCUUGAUGGCCUUCCCCAUGACAUUCAUAAAUUGAAGCGCCUGAAAGUUCUGGAUAUUAAUGGUUGCUCAAAAUUUUCUGAACUACCAAAAAAGUUGAAUCAAAAUGAAUAUUUAGAAAAGCUUGAUGCAAGCGAAACAUUAAUCAUUGAAGUACCUUCUUCUAUUGGUCAUUUACAACAACUCAAGACGCUAUCAUUUCAUGGAUGUAAAAGGCCAAUAAAUUUGAGCUUAAGAUUGCCUACUUCUGUCUUCAAUAUUAAAUCACUUACGGAAUUAGAUCUCAGCGGGUGCGAUAUUGAAGAUGGACUCAUUCCGGAUGAUCUCGAUGGCUUGUCAUCAUUGAUGAAACUAGAUCUAAGUGGGAACAAGUUUGAGAAAAUACCUUAUGGCUGCAUUUCGAGGCUGUUGAAUCUACGAUUUCUAUAUUUGAAUUCCUGCUCAAGGCUUCAACUAUUGCCCGAACCUUCACCUGGUUUGGAACUAAUGGAUGCAGGAGAUUGUACUUCAUUGCCAACUUUAUCAGAAGGAAGAUUAUCGCAUCUCUUUACUUCAAUUGAUCAGAAUGGACAAUACGCAGAAAGGAAAUGGCAUAGAUUGAACGCUGACUCAUGGGCAUCACUAUCAAUUAAAACCUUUUCGGUGACUAUUCCAGGGAGCGACAUACCAUCUUGGUUUCAGAAUCGAACAACCCUUCGUUUGGAUAAGGAAGAUGAAAGUUCAAUCAUUGUAGACGUCCCUUCUUCUGAUUGGCUUGGAUUUGCAAUAUGCACUCUCCUAAAAAAGGAUAUGUUUUAUUCCGCUGAAACAUACCUAAAUGCAUUUUGCUGGCGCUAUUAUUUUGCUAAAGCUUCCGAUAAUAACUUUGUGUUCUUGCAAGGAAGGGAUCGAAAACUGGAGAAGCCAAUAAUUAAUCCUCCCCACCUGUGGAUCUUGUUUGGGCAAAUUGGGAAGCGCACUUGCUCGAGUUUAUCAAAGGACUACAGCCGGCUUCACUUGAAAUUUGAUGCUGAAAUUGAAAGGAAAGUUGAACUAAACGUUAGUUGUGGGUGGCGGGUCAUGAGCAAGAUGGAUUUUGAAAGGCUCCUUUCAGGAAUGGGAAUGCACGACCAUCAAGGAGACACAAGCAGAGCUCUGAAGGUGAGGAACAAGGACAAGGGAGUUUCUCACUAAGUAACACGAUCGAGUCACCCUUUCCAUCUAACAACCUUUAACCUGGGCCAUCCGAGAGCCCGACUUCUAGUCAGGAAAGCAUCAAUUUCCCCAGAUGAUUCAAUUGAACGCACACAAUUUCAUCUUUCGUGGGAGAGAAAUCUUUCUGUUGGUGAUGAUAAACCUCUGGCUAAUACCAUUUACCGCCAGACUCUGAACAAACAAGUACUCAAGAGAUAUAUGAUGAACUUUCCAAAGUGUCUGACUUGAACGACAUUGAGUUUUAGGAAUUUAUAAUAUGCUUAUUCAUGAUGAAAGAAAGUUUGAGGCAUUUCGACAUCCUGAAUUAAGAAAAACAUGGCUGUUAAUACAAAUUACUAAAUAGUACCUUUGUAAUUCUUAUAAAUCUUUUAUGACAAAAUCAUUAGUUGUGCUAGUU